CAGAGCUGCAGGAGAGGAGACGUCUCUCUGUUUCUCUUUGAAGACUAAUUCAACUGAAGACAAACACUGGUUGUAGAGAUGUCUGCUGCCAGCUGUCUGCUGACUGAAGAUCAGUUCCUGUGCUCCAUCUGUCUGGAUGUCUUCACUGAUCCUGUCACCUUAUCAUGUGGACACAACUUCUGUCAAAACUGCAUCACUAGACACUGGAAAUCUAAAGCCCCUUAUCGGUGUCCCAACUGUAAAGAGAUGUUCUCCACCAGACCACAGCUGAAGAUCAACACCUUCAUCAAGGAGAUGUCUGCUCAGUUCAGACAGUCAGCUCAGCAGAAAUCCAGCAGCAGCAGCUCAGAGAGACAAGUUCCCUGUGACGUCUGCACUGGAACCAAAGUGAAGGCCCUGAAGUCCUGCCUGGUGUGUCUGGCUUCUUACUGUGAGACUCACCUGGAGCCUCAUCUGACCAAGUCAGGUCUGAAGAGACAUCAGCUAAUGGACCCUGUGGAGAACCUGGAAGACAGGAUGUGUGAGAAGCACGACAAACUGCUGGAGCUGUUCUGUAAGAACGACCAGAGGUGUGUCUGCGUGCUGUGCUCAGUUCAAGACCACAAGACUCAUGAUGUUGUUCCUCUGAAAGAAGAAUAUGAAGGAAAGAAGGCUGAGCUGGGGAAGACAGAGGCUGAAAUUCAGCAGAUGAUCCAGAAGAAACGAGUGAAGAUUGAAGAGCUCAAACACUCAGUGGAGCUCAGUGAUGAGAACGCAGACAGAGAGAUAGCAGAAGGUGUUGGAGUCUUCAGCGCUCUGAAAGAAUCUGUAGAGAGACGCCAGGCUGAGCUCAUCAACAGCAUCAAAGAGAAGCAGAGAGAGACGGAGAAACAGGCUGAAGGCUUCAUCAGAGAGCUGGAACAGGAAAUCUCUGAGCUGGAGAAGAGACGUGCUGAGGUGGAGCAGCUCUCACGCUCUGAAGACCACCUCCAACUCCUCCAGAACUUCACGUCUCUGAACGCUGCUCCACCCACCAAGGACUGGACUGAAGUUAGAGUCCAUCCACCUUCAUAUGAGGGGACUGUGGUGAGAGCUGUGAAGCAGCUGGAGGAGACCAUCAGUGAACAGAUGAAGAAGCUGUUUGAGACCGAGCUGAAGAGAGUCCAGCAGUAUGAGGUGGAUGUGACACUAAAUCCUGAUACAGUUAAUCCCAGAUCUCCCGACAGACCCCAGGGUAAUAGCUGUAGAUGUGUCUUAUCAAAGCGUGAUUUUACUUCAGGCAGAUUUUGGUUUGAAGUUGGGGUUAAAAAGUUGACAUCAUGGACUGUAGGAGUGGUCAGAAAAAUGGCCAACAGGGUGGACACCCAACUGAGCCCCACAAACGGUCACUGGACUGUAUGUCUGGAUCGUCCAAGCAACUACUUCGCCGCUGCUGGUCCACCAGUCCGUCUCUCUCUUCAGUCUGGUCCUGAGAAGGUGGGGGUGUUCGUGGAUUAUGAGGAGGGUCUGGUCUCCUUUUAUGAUGUUGAUGCUGCAGCUCUGAUCUACUCCUUUACUGGCUGCUCCUUCACUGAGAAAAUCUACCCAUUCUUCAGUACCUGCAGGAAUGAUGGUACCACAAUCCACAGCGUGGAGAAGCCAAUGAAGACUCUGGGUCAGGAUCCUCCACCUCCCUCCCUGCAGCCGCCGUGGUGGUUGGAGUACCGCUCGCCGCUGGAAUUCUUCUUCACUGUCUCAAAAAUCCACCAGAAUAAAAAACAACCUGCAUACCGUCAUACCGUUGACUCUUACAAGUAUCUCGGAACUGUGUUUGACUCUGAACUAAAGAGCUUAGAGCUUAGGGACCCACCAACAGACAAAGGGGUAGAGGCUGGAGAUGUGACUGCUGCCACCUGGCAGUGGUACUCAGACAUGGAUCCAGCACUCCAGGGGCAGCACUCAAUCAGCCCACCCCUGGUUGUUGCAUCCAGUCUGACUGCCACUACAGGUGGGUCAGUCAGCACACCAGCCUCUACCCCCACCCCAGAGGAAGCCAGGGCCAGGAAGGAGAGCAUGGAGGUGCUCCUUCUCCUCCAGGAUGUCCUCUGCUGCCAUGCAGAUGUUGUGCAGCAUGCAGCAGGCUGCAACAACUUUGGGGGCAAACAGGGGCUGGAUCUCCAGGGCUCGGAGGAAAAUUGCCCGCCAGCGGGUCUUGAGAAGCUCCUCUCAAUUAUGUUGCGAGCUCUAGCAUGGCUGCCGGUACGGGGUGACAAUGGCCACAGGAUACUGCAGGCAUGGGUAUCCUCCAUCGCCCAACAGAAAAUACCCAGCUGGUGGAUAGAGGGCCUGCUGGUACAUGGGCGAUCUUCUGAGGACCAGGGCAUUGUGAACGGAUCCUUUGUUUCCAAUACAAACAUCAAGGAAAAUACCCUGUGA